AGGUGAGGAUCGGGCCGUUAGUCUCGUGUCGUAGGAGAGAGCGGUGGUAAUGCGUACCGCGAAGUAUCGCGUUCGACGAACAGCAACGAACAACUAAUCUCAAUCGAUCUCGAUCAACGAACCUAGAACGUAGCGUGUAAUUUUUAAUAUCCAGUGGUGUAUUUUUUUUUUUUAAUUAUUGAAAAAUAUUUCUCGAUCUCGACUCUUUUUUUCUGAGAGAGUAGAACCACGAGAGAGAGAAAGAGAGAAAGAGAGAGAGAAAGAGCGAGAGAGAGAGAGAGAGAGAGAGAGAGAGGAGCAGUUGGUUCGUGGACCGGAUUGGUGAACUCAUUCUAUCUCUUUCUCUCUCGUGCCUAUAUCACAGAUAGGAUUCACGGAUGAACCAAAGGCCGUUUUCUUCAUCUUUAUAUUCUUCUUCGUACUCGUCCUCACCGUCGUAGCAUUGUAACGGUAUAUACGGGGGUGAAGAAGUGCUCUCUCUUGGAAAAUUAUAAUAAAAAUAUUUUUGGAUAAAUAUAUAUAUAUAUAUAUAUAUAUAUAUAUAUAUACACACGUAUAUAUAUUCCAAAGAAAGAAGAAGAUAAAGAAGACAUCAGGAUGCCUUGUUCCGCAGUAACGCUGUCCCUCGCGACCAUAACCGGUAUCAUUGCCACUGCCCUCCUAGCGAUUGCCUUCUCCACGGAUAAUUGGCUCUACACCGAGGUCAAGCGUGCCCAAAUUCAGCAAUAUGCAGGCAAGCACGCUGAACAAAGUCAUCUGAUAGAUCAAAUGAAUGCAAAGUAUUAUUACUAUACAAGAACUCAGGGUCUCUUCAGGAUAUGUUAUCCCAAAGAAAGGCCACCAACGGUGGAGACGUAUUUGAGUCCGGUGGAAACACAUUGCAUGAACAUCGAUUACUUCAUCCCCGACGAAGAAAACCAAACGAGGGACUUCUCCGACGACGCAAUGGCACGAUUACACAUGGGAAGAUCCGUGAUCGCUCUCUUUAUGGUAGGUUUCCUAGCGAUAUUCUCUGCCUUUUGGACAGGAGUAGUUGGUUGUUGGCGAAGAUCACCGGGAAACAUUACAGCAACUGCCAUUUUGAUGCUAUUCGCUUGUUUACUAAGUGCCGGAGGCAUGGGACUUUGGCAUGGCGUAGAGUAUUAUGAGAAGGAAAAGAUCGUUGGCGAGGAAUACUACCAACAAUGGAGCAACUGUAUCCUCAGAAACAGCAGUACGCGUAUGCAGGUUAUCCAGCACCAGCAGCGUAUCCAGGACCGUAUUAUCAUGGAUCGCAGUAUGGACCAUACAAUUAUUGAAACUUUCAAAACUCAUCGAAGAUCAUUUGAAGUGGGAUGAAUUUUUAGAUUCCAUUGAUUUUGAUGUGUGCCAGGGGCAUACAUUCGUCGUAUAUAAUCAGUCAAUCAAUCAGUCGAUCAAUUAAUCAAUCAAUCAAUCUCUCUCUCUCUCUCUCUCUCUUCCUCCAAAAUGGCGGAGGAAAGAAGAAGAAUCAAAGGACUUAGGAACAUGACUCAAGAAAUAUCGAGUCCGAUGAGCGAGAUUAAAAAGAAAGAACGAACAAAUCGAAAAAAACAAGUAAAGAAAAGAAAAGAAGCAAACAAAACAAAACAAAACAAGAAAUACUAAGUGCCGUCCUGUGCCUCGUUUUCUAGAACUCGAAUAAUCGAGUUGUACGAACGUUUUCUAAGGUCGUUCGCGUGGCUGACUUCCGGUGUGCGAUGCAUAAUCCUCUUCGGAAGAUGCCCCUUUCGAGCUAUGAUACGCUCCGUUUCCUUUUUUAACGCAAAAACAAAAAGUAGCACGAAGGAAAAGUUUACAUGGCACGAUGCUCUCUUGCGAGGUCGUUCGAUCGCCUAACAUUUUCUGUACUUAUCGUUAGUUAGGAAUGAGGUGAUUUCAUAAUUUCUUUUUCCUCAUCUCUUUUUUUAUCUUUAUCUUUAUCUUUAUCUUUAUCUUUCCAAGAUAAUGUCUCAACUGUACGAUCUUUAUGCUCUAUAUAUAUAUAUAUAUCUUUUUUUGUAAAUUAUUAUUUAAAAACGUGCCGCGAUUCCAUUUCGAAGAUCGUAGUUUUGGAGGUUAGGUUUCACUUUCGUCGUUUUCCCUCCAAAAAUAUGUAUAUUUAGGUAUUUACGUAUACUCUACAUACGUAUGUAUGUUUGAAAAGAACAUACAUAUUAGUUAUUGGUUUGAAACGAUUUGUUAAACAUAGAUUUUCUUUCAUUCAUUCUUACGAGAAUCGAUGAACCGACUGAAUUUCAUUCGAAUCGCAUAAAUAAGAUGGAAAUCUAUCGUUUGUUGCAUUUUUAUUCAGACAAGGAGGGAUCAUUUUCGAUCGUCACUCAUUCGCGAGACUCUCUCUUUCUCUCUCUCUUUCUUUCUCUCUAUCUAUCGUCUAGUUAUUUUGAUACAUAGAUAUGUAAGAUUUUUCAUUCGAGAUAGGCAAAUCACGUAUUUAAGUAAAACCAUUAACAAUACUUUGAAUCACUAUUGAAAAAAUUACUAUUCUGAUUAUUUCUGUCUUUGAUAUCGAUUUAUAGGCCUUUAUUUAGAUUCGAGAUUGUAAAUCUAAAUUAGGUCUAAAAUAAAAGACGUGGUGCUCCAACAUAAAGAAGAGUGAUUUUUUCGUGUAAUACGUUUAUCUUUUUUUUUUUUAUUUUUUUUUUCUUGCAAUUUAUGCUUUACCUAUCCUCUCGCUCACCACGAUGGUACCUUAAUGUAAGGCGUUAUUGAAUAAAAAGAAACAAAAGAAGUAAUCUAUUUAGCAUACAUUUAUAAUGUGAAUAAAUGGACGAAAGAAAAGUA